AUGUUGCUCGUGUGGCAUUCUCGCGCCGCGCCGAUGCGGCCGCGGGCCAGGCUGCUGGCCACGGAAACGGCUGCGGUGUUUGAGCUGAGAGUCAAUCUCGGUCAGGGUGGUGGCAUGGUGGAGGGCGAACUGCAGGCGUUCUUUUCCAAGUCCGAGCUGCUCACAGUGCGCUACCCCGUGCCGGUCGAGCUCCGCGUGAGGCCCGAGAGAGGCGUGCUGCGCGUGUAUGAGACGGGCUACGGCCUGCGCGAAGGCGACGUGCUGCGGGCGUGCUCGACGUUUGAGAUGCGGUUUGACUCGGCGGCGCGCGAGACUCGCCUCGGUCCCGGCUUCCAUGGGCGGCCGAAUGGCGACGCAAUCGCUCAGGGGGGAGGGCGAGGCGCGGCGUCCUCUAUCCCCUGGCUUGAGGGUGGCUGGUGGCGCGAGCAGCUCAGCCGCACCGUGGGACUGCGCGAGCCGCAGAAUCUGCCGGAGCUUGGGGUAUUCUCCGAGACGGCUCCGACCAAGGUCCUAUUUGUGGCCGACGGGCAGUCUUUUGAGCGCGUGCGCGACGCAUUGCUCGCGAAUGUGCCCGACAAGACGGACAAUGUAGUCAUGCUCUUUGAGCGGCCGCUCGACCCCAAGGCGACGAGGCCGCGGGACCUCUCGAGUCCACGCCCGCGCGUCCCGCCCAAGGGUGAGUCCUUCUCGCCGCUGACCGCGGACGACUUGAGGGAUCUGUUCGGUGAGAAAGGGUGAGCUGUUCGCCCCAAAUAUAUGCGGUCCGAUAUAGCUGUGAAGAGCCGAGACGUAGUGGCCCC